CAAGAGGGAGAGAGCGAGACACUGACCAUGCAUCCAAAUUAUGAUAGCUCAAGUCUUAACAACAUGCAACAACAAGACUACUUCCACUUAAACCACUAUUACAACAACCUAAACCUUUCAACCAAUAACAAUCUCAAUCUUAUUCUUCCAUACCCUCAAAUUCAAGAACUCAAUCUACAAUCUCCAGCAAGCAACAUCUCCACCACGUCCGAUGAAGCAACUGAAGAUAUAUACGUCAUCAAUGAGAGAAAGCAAAGACGUAUGGUAUCUAACAGAGAAUCAGCAAGAAGGUCAAGAAUGAGGAAGCAAAGACACUUGGAUGAACUUCUCUCGCAGGUUGCUUGGCUUAGAAGCGAGAACCAGCAGCUUUUAGAUAAGCUUAACAAAGCCUCGGAUAGCAAUGAUCUUGUUCUUCAAGAUAACUUGAGGCUUAAAGAGGAAAACAUGGAACUUCGUCAAGUUAUCACAUCUAUGAAGAAGCUUGGAGGAGCAGGAGGAGGAGGAAGCACAAGCAUCCAUGGCAUAUAUUGUUCUUCAUUGUUGGAUCAUGAGUUUGAUCAAGACUUCUCUUGUAUUACAGAUGAUCCAAGGACUCAUCAUCCAUCUUGAGUUGUUCGUUCAGAUCGAACUUUAAGUCUCUACCGCUAAUCUAUCUCCUUUUUUGCAUCCACAAAACUCUGGCUCAUAUAUAUCUUUUAUGAGCCGAGAACAAAGUGGAACUUAUGUUUUUUUUUCUCUGGGCUAAACUUAGGUCUAGCACCGUUGAAACGUUACUUUUUAUAACGGUUUAACUACGUACCCAAGUAUGAGCUUUCAUUUCUAGCUACUUGUGAUCAUGAAUAAUGAUUUGGAAGAUUGCUUUUAUAUGUUAUAAUCUGAUUUCUAUAUAAGAAGAUACUAUUUGG